AUGGGACCACUAGCGUAUCGACUAGCAUUACAAGCAGAGUUGUCACAAAUACAUGAAGUUUUCCAUGUUUCGAAGCUGCGACGAUAUCGGUCUGACCCUGGUCACAUUAUUCAUCAGUCGAAGAUAGAGAUUUUUGAGGAAUUAACAUAUAUGGAAGAAUCAGCAGAGAUUUUGGAUAGAAGCAUAAGAAAAUUGAGAAAUAAGGACAUACUAAUGGUAAAAGUGACAUGGAGUUAUCAUUCCCCGAGAGAGCCAAUUUGGGAAUUUGAGGAGCAUAUGAAAGAGAAGUAUCCCUACUUAUUCCAUUGA